AUGGCUUCCAGGCUACUAGAGACGGGCAGCACCCCGUUGAUCCGCAACACCGCCGCCCAGCAGCUCGCCGAUGUCCAGAAGGCCCACCCAGAAGAGCUAUUCAACCUCCUUACCCGGGUCGUCCCCUAUCUCCGCCAUAAGACAUGGGAGACUCGAACUGCAGCCGCAAAGGCUUUAGGGGGUAUUGUCGAUAAUGCAGAGAAAUAUGAUCCUAAUCCUGAUGAUGGCUCAACAAAGGACGAGUCCAAGAAAGAGGAACACGAGAAUGGCUUCCCCAUCAAAAAAGAGGAACCUGUUGAGGUCGCCCCUCUGGCUGAUGGCCAGCUCAGUCUAGACACCCUCGAUAUCGUGUCGGUUCUGAGGUAUGGAAAAGAACUACUGAGAGGGGGAGGGAAGGAAAUCGACUAUGCCCUUGCGCACCUAGACCCUGCCCAGCGCCUGGCCCACCAGAAGAAAACACUAUCCGGUCGUCUAGGUCUAUUGGGAGAGUAUAUCGACGAUGAUAUGGACAUUGAUUUUGCGAUAGCUAAACCAAAUGGCGCAUCCGCCUUACCAACCCCUGCGAAUGGACACCCGGCUGAUAACAAGAGCAUAUCAAUGCCAGCAGUGACGCCGGAUGAGGCUGGGCUGAGUGCCAGGCAGCUCAAUCAACUGAAACGAAAGCGAAAGCGCGAGGCACAAAAUGCUGGAAGCAAGAACCGGCUCGUAGACCUAUCCAUCCGACGUACGAGCACGAUGGGAUCAGCCGACGGAGGUGACGCAGUAAUGUCAGAUGCCAACGACGAUUCAAAUUCAAACGGCGUAUCGGAUUACUUCUCGUUGGAGAGGACUUCUGAAGUUGAUGAGGAUUCGAAGGUUGUUUCCGAAUUCAAAGGCCCUGCUUUACCCAUCAAGUCGGAGUUGGAGACCGAGGAAGAAACAGAAGGUGCCGAAUGGCCGUUCGAGCGGUUGUGCGAGUUUCUUAUGGUUGAUCUCUUCGACCCACAAUGGGAGACGCGACACGGGGCUGCUAUGGGCUUGCGAGAAAUCAUCCGGGCUCACGGAGCCGGAGCCGGCCGUAUGCGAUCAAAAACCCGGCAACAAAACGAUGUAUUAAAUCAGCGCUGGCUUGACGACCUCGCCUGUCGCCUGUGCUGUGUCUUCAUGCUUGAUCGAUUCGGUGACUAUGUCUCCGACACCGUUGUCGCUCCCAUCAGAGAGACCAUCGGUCAGACUUUGGGCGCCUUGCUCAUUCAUCUUCCUGCGAGCAGUGUCUAUGCUGUCCAUCGGAUAUUAUAUCGAAUGGUAAUGCAAGAAGAUCUGCAACUGGACAAACCUGGAUGGGCUGUAUGCCAUGGAGGAAUGAUAGGGCUGCGUUAUUUGGUUGCUGUACGGAAUGACCUUCUCCUCAGGGAUAACGAUCUCAUUGAUGGAGUCAUCCGAGCGGUCAUGAAAGGCCUGGGCGACUGGGAUGAUGAUGUACGUUCGGUUAGUGCGGCUACUCUCAUUCCUAUCGCCAAGGAGUUCGUCAACCUGCGACCAGAGGCGCUAGAUGGUCUUAUCAACAUUGUUUGGGAAUGUCUUUCCAACCUCGGAGAUGAUCUGAGUGCUAGUACCGGUCAGAUCAUGGACCUUCUAGCGAAGCUCUGCAGUUUCCCAGAGGUAUUGGAGGCUAUGAAAAAGAAUGCGGCGAGGGACUCGGAGCAUUCUUUUGCACUCCUGGUUCCACGACUAUAUCCAUUCUUACGACACACGAUCACAUCCGUUCGAUCAGCAGUCCUCAGAGCUCUGAUGACUUUCGUCCAUAUUGAAGGCGAAGGGACUCGAGACUGGCUUAAUGGCAAGAUCCUGCGACUCAUAUUUCAAAAUAUCCUUGUCGAACGAAAUCAAGACACCUUGAACCUCUCAUUGCAGCUUUGGAGGGACCUAGUUACCCAUCUCGCUAAAGAUUCCUCAAAUCUUGCAGAGCAGUUCUCAGCACAUGUUGAUCCGCUCAUGCAACUCACACUCCAUCCUAUCGGAGUUUCCCGCCAUCCUUUGCCUAUGAAUGCAACUCUCUUCCAGAAGCCAUCCGGCAGCACAUAUUCCAUGCCGAGUGGUGUGGUUCCCGUGUCCGCCCGGCCAAUUUCUCCGCCAGGCGUUACGGAACCUCCGCCAAAGAAACAGCGACGGAAAUUAACCAAGAUGGUUGAGCCCACCCCAACAACAUCGUCUCAUGAUGUCGACGGGCAUAUGAUGCAAGGAGAUGUUGAUUUGGUUGGCAUGGAUAUCUUGAUUAGAUCCCGCGUCACAGCUGCUCGUGCGAUGGGCCUCAUCAUGUCCCGAGUGCCAACCAGCGCGCUUCAAGCCUAUGAUGCUAGCAUUAUCCCUGCGCUGUCAUCUGCGUUCUCUUCCACACAGCUUGCUGCGUCGCUGAUCGUCGACGAAUACGCCGAUAACUGCAUCUCCAAAGAAGAGCCCAAGCGGUUCAUCGACCUGCUCGUUAAGAUUAUAGAGUCGGAACGACCAUUGCAUUAUAGAGAUCUGGUGAGCUACACACAGCUUGUUCGUACUCAAUGCUGCCAGCUUUUGAAUACCUUCCGAGAUGUUGGCAAAGUCUCUCAGCACCGGCUACCCACACUUGCCGUCGUUGUCCAGGGAGAACCGGAAGCAGGACCGGAUGCCUUUUCAAUACAAACCGCAGAUAGGUGUGUCAAUGAGGAUUUUGACCGGCUAAAGAAGGCACUUGCACCUGGUCAGCGAUUGAUUGCAACACAAGCACUGUCAGAAGCGCGCGAGACCGUAGUAGAAGUCGUUGAUAACGCGAAAGCCAUCAAAGAGCAGCGAGAUGUUCGAAUCAAGGCUGCUGCUGCCAGCGCGUUGGUCGCCAUGAAGUUCUCACCGAAGAAGCCGACACAUAUAAUCAAGGCAAUGAUGGAUAGUGCCAAGAAGGAAGAAAACUUCGAACUACAACAACGAUCUGCGGCAUCCCUGGCCCGACUUGUGGAACUCUUUGCAGAUGGUGGUCGGUCUGGACCAGCACAGAAGGUGGUGGGCAAUCUGGCCAAGUUUAGUUGCCAGGAAACGUCCGAGACCCCUGAAUUCGCACCAAAUGCGAGCUUCACAAAUGCCAUCCAGACUCUUCGGAAAGAGGAGGACCGUAGAGAUCACCCCGAUGCUGCUAAGUUUGCGCGGGAACAAAAGGCUGCCCGCAUCGUCCGGAGAGGUACCAAGGAGGCUCUUGAACAGCUGUGCAACAUAUUCGGUGCCAGCCUCCUCGAAAAGGUGCCAACCCUAAAAUCAAUAAUCGAGAAUCCACUACGGUAUACGUUUUCUGGAGACCUACCAGCGGAUGCGAGAGACCCAGAUAAGGAAGUCGGACAGCCAGCUAUUGAUGCCAUGUCCGUCCUCAGAGCCUUAACGCCGACUUUGAAUAAGGAUUUACAUUCUUGGGUCAUCUCACUGCUCCCUUUCGUUAUCAAAGCACUCCACUCAGACCUCUCGGUUUUCAGAUACAUGGCAGCAAAAUGUCUCGCCACAGUUUGUUCCGUCAUUACUGUCGAGGGCAUGACAAUGUUGGUUGAGAAGGUUCUACCAUCAAUCAGUAACCCGGUCGAUCUUAACUUCCGCCAAGGUGCUAUCGAGGCUGUAUACCAUCUUAUUUCCGUGAUGGGCGAUGGUAUCUUGCCAUAUGUUAUCUUCCUCAUCGUGCCCGUUCUUGGCCGUAUGAGCGACUCUGACAAUGAUGUUCGUCUAAUUGCUACUACAACUUUUGCAACGCUCGUCAAACUCGUGCCCCUCGAGGCAGGAAUUCCGGAUCCUCCUGGAUUAUCACAAGAGCUUCUGAAGGGUCGUGACCGCGAGCGAACCUUCAUCGCCCAACUGCUGGACCCCCAUAAGGUCGAACCUUUCACCAUACCUGUCGCAAUCAAGGCUGAGCUUCGGUCCUACCAACAGGAAGGUGUCAAUUGGCUCCAUUUCCUCAAUAAAUACCAUCUUCAUGGCAUUCUUUGUGAUGAUAUGGGUCUCGGGAAGACUUUGCAGACGCUCUGCAUUGUAGCCAGUGAUCAUCACAUGCGCGCAGAAGAGUUUGCAAAAACCGGAUCGUCUGAUUCUCGACGACUUCCAUCUCUCAUCAUCUGCCCGCCUACGUUAUCGGGUCAUUGGCAACAGGAAAUCAACACCUACGCACCUUUCCUCUCGUGUACAGCAUACGUUGGACCUCCCGCUGACCGAGCUCGAUUACGAGAUCGCCUUGGACAAACUGAUGUUGUCAUCACUUCCUACGACAUUUGCCGUAAUGAUACUGAUGUGCUGGCUCCUUUCAACUGGAACUAUCUCGUUCUUGACGAAGGCCAUUUGAUCAAGAACCCCCGAGCCAAGGUCACUCUCGCUGUGAAACGUCUUAUUAGUAACCACAGACUCAUUCUAUCUGGCACUCCAAUUCAGAAUAAUGUCUUGGAACUCUGGUCGCUGUUUGACUUCCUGAUGCCUGGUUUCCUCGGAGCAGAAAAGGUCUUCCUUGACAGAUUUGCCAAACCCAUCGCCGCAAGCCGCUUCAGCAAAUCGUCUUCUAAGGAACAAGAAGCAGGUGCGCUAGCCAUUGAGGCGCUCCAUAAGCAAGUCCUACCAUUCCUCCUUCGGCGACUGAAAGAAGAAGUUCUGGAUGAUCUACCACCCAAGAUUCUACAGAACUAUUAUUGCGACCUCAGCGACUUGCAGAAAAAGCUCUUUGAGGACUUCACGAAGAAAGAGGGUAAGACACUUGCUGAGAAAGCCUCUACCGGCGAUAAAGAGGCGAAACAACACAUCUUCCAAGCGUUGCAAUACAUGCGCAAGUUAUGUAACUCCCCAGCCCUGGUCAUGAAGGAAGGCCAUAAACAGUACGACGAGACGCAACGGCUAUUGGCAAAACAAGGCACGAGUCUUCGCGAUCCCGCCCAUGCUCCAAAGCUUACCGCUCUUCGCGAUUUGUUGGUGGAUUGUGGAAUUGGUGUCGAGCCUGCUGCUGAGGGCGAUCUUGCGACUUACGUAUCACCUCAUCGCGCCCUUGUAUUCUGCCAAAUGAAGGAGAUGCUUGAUAUGGUGCAAAACGAUGUGCUAAAAAAGAUGCUACCAUCUGUGCAGUAUCUGCGCAUGGAUGGAUCUGUGGAUGCCAGUAAACGACAGGACAUCGUCAACAAGUUCAACUCCGAUCCCUCAUACGAUGUCUUACUCCUAACGACAAGCGUUGGCGGUCUUGGAUUGAAUCUAACUGGUGCGGAUACUGUCAUUUUCGUGGAGCAUGAUUGGAAUCCCCAGAAAGAUCUACAAGCCAUGGACCGCGCGCAUCGUAUUGGCCAGAAGAAGGUCGUUAAUGUCUACCGAUUGAUCACCCGGGGCACCUUGGAAGAAAAGAUCAUGUCACUCCAACGCUUCAAAAUCGACGUUGCCUCCACGGUAGUAAAUCAACAAAACGCCGGUCUCGGAACCAUGGAAACAGAUCAAAUUCUAGACCUCUUCAAUCUGGGCGACACGGCCGAUGCGCCUGCUCUCUCUGGCGGGAAUGAGGUCGAGAGAGAGGAGGAUAUGGUGGAUGCCACGGGAGAAGUUAGGGAGAAGGGGAAGAAAGGCUGGCUGGAUGAUCUGGGCGAGCUUUGGGAUGAUAAGCAGUACGAAGAAGAGUUUAAUCUUGAUGGGUUCUUGAAAAGUAUGCAUCAGUAG